AUGUCGGCAGACCUCUCCCCCAGGAUGAAAGGCCAGAAGAGCAUCUUCCGGGUACAGUUGAGACCCCAAAACGCUGGCGAUGCGUCCCAAGCAGCAUACCACUCUCGUCGGGCCCAUCGCAAGUCGCGGGGAGGAUGUCAAAAGUGUAAACUCCGCCGGGUCAAGUGCGACGAGACCAAACCGCACUGUCUCCGGUGCCAGAAGCACGGCGUCGACUGCACCUACGCUCCGAUCUCCAGGGGGAACGAGCUCGAUGCAGUCUCAAAUCUAGUCCAUCCAGACCGGACAGCCUACACGCUGUCCCUCACGGACAUAGCAAGCAACCUCGACUCCCUCCUCCAACUACCCCAAGCACACAGACACCACCACCUGCACGCCCUCCAGCACUUCCACUCCGCAACGGCCUCCACAAUCAGCGACAAAAACUCCUUCAACCUAAUGCGCACCCGCAUGACCCACCUCGCAUUGUCCUCCCCCACAGUAAUGCACGCCGUCCUCGCAACCUCCCUCUCCCACCUCCUCCACCUAACGCCCGCCUCAUCCCCAACCCGAACAACCUACACCAUGCUCGAAUCCCACCACUGGCAGCGCAGCAUAAGCCAAUACGCGCGCGAACUCUCCCACGGCGCAUCCCCAAAGAACAUGGACGCGCUCUUCUCCACGUGCCUCCUCCUCACCUCCCACACCUUCAUGCUCGACCCUUCAUCCUCCUCCAACGACCCAAGGAAAACCUCCUUCAUCUACACAAUAGACUCAAACCCCCACGCCCUAUCCUGGCUAACAAUGCAAUCCGGCCUUCGCCACCUCCUCUCCCUGACUAGCAGCUACCUCCCCCAAAGCAUCUGGUUCACCACAUUCAUGUCCACCCGCUCAGACAACGCCUUCUUCGAAGACCACCGCCCAGGCCCAAUAGAUCUACACCCUGACCUCGCAGCGCUCUGCAACAUCGUCUCUGAAGACGACACAGAAUCAAACAACCCCUACGUCUGGCCGCUGCGCAUGCUCACCCCGUUGCUGGAACUAGAGCGCUCCCCGCGCUCCUUCCACCACUAUUGUAAUUUCAUGGGCAGGCUGAUGCCGGAUUUUUAUGAGUGUUUGGGGAGGAGGGAGGUCCCUGCGCUUGUGAUUUUGGCGUGGUGGAUGGCGCUUAUGAUGGGUGCUGCCGGGGACGUGUGGUGGUUGGGGGGGAGGUUGAGGUCUGAGUUGGGGGCUGUUUGUAUGUUUUUGGAGGGGUCGAGGGAUGGGAGGGUUAGGCGGUUGUUGGGGGUUCCGGCGCGGGCUUGUGGGUAUGUGUUGGAGUGGGAUGGUGUUGAUGAUGGUGAUGGUGAUGUGUUGGAGGUGGGUGAGGAUGGUGAUGGGGAGACUGGUGAGUAG